AUGGUUGCAUACGUCACUGUCCUAUUCGCCAUCUUGGGUGUAUCCAGCGCGGCGCAGAUCACGGGAUCUUGCCCUUCGGGUCAGACGUUGAUUUCCAACAACAAGUGCUGCCCUGGCUAUUCCAUAGUCAGCGGUGAAAACCACACAGAUUGCUGUAUCACCGAAAAGGGUAAUAAUGGCAAUUGCCAGGGUGUCGGGCUUUGCGGAAAUGCCAUUGGCACCUGCAAAGCUAAGAUAUCCGUAGACGACCCCGACUACGACCAGAAGGUCCAAGAUGCGCUCUCCGGUACGACAGCUUCUCAAUCUAGUUCAUCACCAUCCUCAUCGGCUGAUGCCACCCCUACGGCCUCUUCCACUCCCAGCUCCACUGGAUCUGACUCGGCUCCAGGCUCCUCCACCUCUUCCGACUCCUCGUCUACUUCUUCAACUUCCGGGGCUACCACCAUGGAGGAUAACAAGGCAAUGCUUGCAAUGGUGGCCGCUCUAGCCGCCAUUCCCGCUAUCUUUUACCAGCUUUAA